UGUGUUUUUGUUUUAGAGCCUCACUAUCGAAGACGCUACUCUCAUCCGAGGGACUCGAAGCAGUCCGUCUCCCGCCGUCACUGGACUCAGACGACGUCAUUGCGCGCAAUGGACGGAGGACACCGCUGAAGUGGCCGCAUCCACGCGUGUCGGACACGAUCGGAACUAUUUUCCGUCUGCUUUGGAUAUUUGGUCCUGCAACUUCAAAGUCGACUCUUCCUAAACAGAAAACACUUUUGGACCGCAGGGGGAGGCGAACACAGUUGCUUUGAAGAUGGGGGCCCGGGGUCAAUUCGGGUACCACUGGCAGAGCCACAAUGUAAAACUGAGCGGAGUGGACGACAUGGUGCUGCUCAGCAAGAUCAACGAGGACGCCAUCGUGGACAACCUGAAGAAGCGCUAUAUGGAUGACUACAUCUUUACAUACAUCGGUCCUGUGCUGAUUUCUGUAAAUCCCUUCAAGCAGAUGCCCUACUUCGGGGAGAAAGAAGUGGAAAUCUAUCAAGGCGCGGCCCAGUAUGAAAACCCUCCUCACAUCUAUGCUCUGGCUGACAACAUGUACAGAAACAUGAUGAUCGACCGAGAAAACCAGUGUGUCAUCAUUAGUGGGGAGAGUGGAGCUGGUAAGACUGUGGCAGCCAAAUACAUUAUGGGAUAUAUCUCCAAAGUGUCAGGAGGCGGACCUAGGGUACAGCACGUCAAAGACAUCAUCCUGCAGUCCAAUCCGCUGCUGGAAGCCUUUGGCAACGCCAAGACUGUUAGGAACAACAACUCCAGUAGAUUUGGGAAAUACUUUGAGAUCCAGUUCAGCAACGGCGGCGAGCCAGACGGAGGGAAAAUCUCCAACUUCCUUCUGGAGAAGUCACGUGUCGUCAUGAGGAAUCCUGGCGAGAGGAGUUUCCAUAUAUUCUAUCAGUUAAUAGAAGGUGCAAGUGAAGACCAGAAGAAAAGCCUCGGAAUCACAAGUUUAGAUUAUUACUCUUACCUCAACCAGUCUGGGUCCUACAAAGUGGACGACAUUAAUGACAAAAACGACUUCCAGGAGACCAUGCAUGCCAUGAAGGUGAUUGGCAUCUCUGACGAAGAUCGCGCCAUGGUGCUUCAGAUUGUGGCUGGGGUCCUGCACGUGGGCAACAUCAGCUUCAAGGAAGCGGGCAACUACGCUGCUGUGGAAAGUGAAGAAUUUCUAGCCUUCCCUGCUUUUUUGCUGGGUAUUGACCAAAAUCGAUUGAAGGAAAAACUGACCAGCCGCAAGAUGGACAGCAAAUGGGGCAGUGCUGUGGAGUCCAUUGACGUCACUUUGAACGUGGAGCAGGCGUGUUACACACGUGAUGCCCUUUCCAAGGCGUUGCACUCUCGUGUCUUUGACUUCCUGGUUGAGUCAAUCAAUAAAGCCAUGGUAAAGGAUCACCAGGAGCUGAAUGUUGGCGUUUUGGACAUUUAUGGAUUUGAGAUUUUCCAAAAAAACGGAUUUGAGCAGUUCUGCAUCAACUUUGUGAAUGAAAAACUGCAGCAAAUUUUCAUUGAGCUCACUCUCAAGGCUGAACAGGAGGAAUAUGUACAAGAGGGCAUAAAGUGGACUCCCAUUGAGUACUUCAAUAACAAGAUUGUCUGCGACCUCAUCGAGAGUAAAAAUCCCCCCGGCAUCAUGAGCAUCCUGGACGACGUGUGCGCCACAAUGCACGCGGUCGGCGAGGGAGCGGACCAGACUAUGCUUCAGAAGCUCCGCAUGCAGAUCAACACACACGAGCACUUCAACAGCUGGAACCAAGGCUUCAUCAUCCACCAUUAUGCUGGCAAGGUGUCCUAUGAUGCUGAAGGAUUUUGCGAAAGGAACCGAGAUGUCCUUUUCAAUGACCUCAUUGAGUUGAUGCAGAGCAGUCAGAUAGCUUUCUUCAGAGCUCUCUUCCCCGAGAACCUCAAUGCGGAGAAGAAGGGUCGGCCCACUACUGCUGGCAGUAAAAUAAAGAAACAAGCCAAUGACCUGGUGAGCACCUUGAUGAAAUGUACUCCCCAUUACAUCCGCUGUAUCAAACCAAACGAGACAAAGAAACCCCGAGACUGGGAAGAAGGCCGUGUGAAGCACCAGGUGGAAUAUCUAGGCCUGAAGGAGAAUAUUAGGGUGAGGCGUGCUGGUUACGCCUACCGCCGCGUCUUCAGGAAGUUUCUCAACAGGUAUGCCAUCCUGACCAAAGAGUCGUGGCCCUCGUGGCAAGGCGAUGAGAAACAAGGCGUCCUUCACCUCAUGCGCUCGGUCAACAUGGACCAGGAUCAGUUCCAGCUGGGCCGUACCAAAGUCUUCGUCAAAGCCCCCGAGUCGCUCUUUCUUCUCGAGGAAACCAGGGAGCGCAAGUUUGACGGUUACGCUAGAACUAUCCAAAAAGCCUGGAGGAAAUUCGUGGCUCGCAAGAAGUACGUCCAGAUGCGCGAGGAAGCGUCCGACCUGCUGCUAAAUCACAAGGAGAGGAGGCGACACAGCCUGAAUAGAAACUUUGUGGGCGACUACCUGGGCAUGGAUGACCGACCCGAGCUUCGCCAGUUUCUGGCCAAGAGGGAGAAGAUCGACUUUGCUGAUAAAGUCACGAAAUAUGAUCGUCGCUUCAAGUCCAUCAAGAGGGACUUGAUCCUGACUCCGAGGUCGGUGUACCUGAUAGGAAGGGAAAAGGUGAAACAGGGACCCGAGAAGGGACAGGUGACUGAGAUUCUCAAGCGCAACAUCCUCGUGGAGAGGAUCUUGGGAGUGUCUCUGAGCACCCUGCAAGACGAUUUCAUGAUCCUACACGAACAGGAGUACGACAGCCUGCUGGAGUGCGUCUUCAAGACAGAGUUCAUCAGCUUACUGGCCCGCAGGUUCGAGGAGAAAACCCAGAGGCCUCUGCCGCUCAAGUUCAGUAACACACUGACGUUGAAGCUGAAAAAGGAGAAUUGGGGGGGCAUUUUGAGCGGAGGAGCCGGUACCCGACAGGUGACCUUCGUUCAGGGUCAAGGCGACGUGGCUGUGCUCAAGCCUUCCAGCAAAAAUCUGCAAGUCAGCAUCGGGCCAGGACUUCCUAGGAACACACGUCCUACCAGACCUAGCAACACACAAAGACGCUCCAGGACUCACCAAAACACGCCUGCACGGCACGCUCCGGGACCUCCAGUCGCUCACCAGAACGGCGGGCUGAAGAACACCAAUCACACGGCCAACGUGAGGAACUCGCUCUAUCGGGAGCACCAGGGUGACGCGGUGCGCCCUCACCUCCCCAGUAAUAACCUUAAUCAGCCCCGGGAAAGGGGCAGCGUAAGACCGCAACAGGGACCCAACCUGGACUUUCUCAAGGUUCCUGAUCAAGGAGCUGCUGGUCGUGGAGUCAACGGAGAAGCUUCAAAUGGAAGAAUAGCUCACCGAGCAUCAACCACCAGGCCUCCGCCGGGGGGUGGACGACCCAAGCCGGCGCCCAAGCCUAAACCUCAGGUUCCCCAGUGCAAAGCCCUGUACGCCUACGACGCCCAGGACACCGACGAACUCAGCUUCAACGCUGACGACAUCAUCGACAUAAUCAAAGAGGACGCUUCUGGUUGGUGGUCAGGACGUCUGCGAGGGAAGCAGGGACUUUUCCCCAACAACUACGUGGCCAAGAUCUAGACAGACGACCAUCGGACGAAAUGAAGCGUGAAAAAGCACUGUGGGAUUUCUGGGUGAAUCCUCCACUACUGCCUUGCAUCGUCCAUGAAUGUAAAACUCUCUUUGCGGCUCCACUUCCCAACACACGAGGACUACCUUGGUCCUUUUGGGAAGUGUGGAACAAAAACUAUUUAUUGUAUUUAUACACACUUUCUGUCCUGAUCUUUUUUGUUUUUGCUUUAAGUAUGCGUAAUCUGGGAACAGGCUGUGAUCGAGGAUAUAUUUUUUUUUAUUUCUCUUUUUAUCAUUUGAUGAUUCCUAAAAGAUGCCGUCAUAUUUAUUACGUCAACGCGAAGCUCGCAGGGAAUGGAUGUUCACUCGUGAUUUUAGAGCGUUUUUUAGACACCAAAGAGUCUGUGUGUACUGUAACCUGAAGCAUGCCAACGUUGGCGUGGUAGCACUUUAUCAGUACAGGUACUACUACCUUGGACACUUUGUCGAGAAAUGAAGGGUUUUAGUUCCGUAUCCUUAAUUCGUUGGCUGCCACUGACGGCGAUAGACAUCCAAUUCAUCCGCUGCCAGCCUCUUGCUGUUCAUACGGGUUGGACAUCGAUCGCCGUCAACGGUAGUCUGUGUUAAGCAGGAUAUCAACAAAUUGGGUAUUUGUGUGACUGGUCACAGGGUUGCUUUUUCUCCUCCACAUGACGAGGGUGCUAACUUUUUACUGUUCCAUGCUCACACAAGUGAUUUUUCUGCAUUUUGUCAAUAUUUUUGUGCACUGCAAUUUGCAUUUUUCUUUCACGUUCCUCUCACUUGGUUCUGUUUGAGCCAAUCAUCGCUUUGGUCUCUGUUGCUUCUCAACUUGUCAUCAUCACUUUGGUUCUUGGGUGCUUCAAAAGCAUCCUUGUGCAAUACCAGACAGGAAAUUCCUUUUUUCAAAAUUUUUUUUUUUU